UCUUAGUACGAGGUGAUCGAAGCUGCUGCUGAGAGAUAGAGAAAGAUGGAGGCUUUUUCAGAGGGUGUGGUGCCGGUGGAGAGCGACCUAGUGCCGCCCGCCCCCGGCCUUUCCGCCCUGGUUCCCGACAGGCUGCAUCAGCGAGAAGCGGAGCGACGAGAGGAGGCGGAAAGGAGGCGACGAGAACGAGACGCGCAGUCGGUGCUAGAAGAGCAAAGCGACUUUUUCACCGCCUCCUUUGCCCGGGAGCGAGAGGCCAUUGAAGCGCUGCUGCGGUCGGAGCCGGCCCGGGGUCCUGAGGCGGCUGCCGAAGCCGUGUCUGAGGCGGCUCGACGGCUGCAGGACCUGCAGCGGCUGCUGACAGAUUCGGUGCGCUUCUUGGCUCCGUAUGAGGUCCGGCAGGCUCAGGCGGCGCUGAACAAGCUGCAGGGCGAGCUCUCCGAGAGGCGCCUCCAGCUGCAGCCGAAGAAGCGGUUCGCCUUUACCAAAGCGCUCAGAAAGGACCCCGCCUCGGCUCCGUCCAAGGCUUCCGCUCAGCAGCCACCCCAGGAGAGCUCCACGCAAGGCCAGAAGGAGGCGGCCACCUCCGCACCAGUGAACCCAGGUUGCGGCUUCAGCCGAGCCGAGGGGCAGGCCCUAGAGCUCGGCCCGGCCGACCUGCUGCAGCAGGAUGUGGUGCUGUCCCACCUCAGGCGCUGCCGGGUGCAGUUGCGCGGCAACCCCAACACGCUGUUGGUGCGCGACUGCUGCGGUUGCACAAUACUGUGCGGGCCUGUGUCGACCUCGGCGCGGGUGGAUGGAUGUAGCGGUUGCCUUGUGGCCCUCGCCUGCCAGCAGCUCCGGACACACCGCACUACGGAGACGAGCUUCUAUGUGCACGUGACUAGCCGAGCGAUGCUGGAGGACUGCAGCGCCGUGCGCUUCGCCCCAUAUUCAUGGCAUUAUGCGGGUAUUGAUGCUGAUUUCGAGAUUUCUGGACUUGAUAGAAGCAGGAACAACUGGAACCAGGUGGAUGACUUCAAUUGGCUGACCAAGGAUGAGGCUUCCCCGAAUUGGUGCAUGAUCCCGGAAAAGGAGUGGAUCACAGAUUGGAAUUGAGCUACUGCCUGAAUUUCCACAGAACUUCAAAACGGCGGUACCGAAAAGAGGACUGACCUUUUUCAAAGGGCAGAACUAAAGCUGUGUUUAAAAAACUGAAUGAUGUUCAGAAUCUUCAGGAGUGUGAUUGGGUUACCCAAACAUUUGCCCUGGUAGCCCUUCACUGUUUUCUUGCUAAUUGAUUAUGUGUCCUGGUGCUAAUGCUUAGUGUUGUGUAUUCUCUGGGUUUUUUCUACAGUUCUGCAAUUGUAGCUGUAAGAUUAUGCUUUUUGUUCUCUUAGGAAAAAAACUUGUGAGAUUGGAGAUUUUAAAUUCUGUUAAAAUGUUACACAGUUAGCAAUUUGCUCACCAUAAUGCUGAUUAAAAUUACUAUAAAUUUA